AUGACAAUUAACCAUCAAGGUUGUGAAGACUCAGCCUCACCGUGGCUCGAAACGCACCCCAACUGUCCCUGUGCCACUGGUGACUCCUGCAUAUGUGCCAGCUCCUGCAAGUGCAAAGAGUGCAAAGGCACCUCCUGCAAGAAGAGCUGCUGCUCCUGCUGCCCUGUGGGCUAUGCCAAGUGUGCCCAGGGCUGUAUCUGCAAAAGGGCAUUGGAGAAGUGCAGCUGCUGUGCCUGGUGUGGGGACAGCUCUGCUCCCAGAUGUGAAUAG